AUGGCCCCUGUACACACUCUCCGUAAUCUGCUCUUCACCCACUUCCUGGUAUCCCCGCCGACCCAGCUCCUGGUUUACAGCCACCACUACACUGGCAGGCGGGCUCAGCCGCGGUCCAUCGCGGCCCCCCCACCCGCCUCCGGGCUGCCAUGUUGUUUCCUUACGGCGGCCAUGCGCCUCUUGGAUGGCCUUCUCCCGGAUGCCACGGUUCGCCUGGGGCUGCUCUUCCAGGCCAGUGGCUGCUGCCGGAUACAGGGCUCCCGCUCCCGUGUUGGCAACUCAGCCUGGGUGCUUCACCGCAUGAGAGCAUACCCCCUGGGGCUGGCCUUCCGGAUAAACACGAUGCAACCUAGCGACUCAAUGCAGCUCCGCCUGGGUGCCUCGCUGCCCGAGCGCAAACCUGCUGGGGCUGGCCUUGCGGAUAAACGCAACACAACCUACCGGCCCAAGGCAGCUCCGCCUGGGUGCUUCACUGCGCGAGAGCAAAAACCUGCGGGCAACCCAGCCCUGGUGCUGGCCUUCCAGCUAAACGCAUCUAAGCCUACCGGCCCAAGGCCACUCAGCCUGGGUGCUUUACCACGCACCCCCUGGGGCUGGCCUUUCGGAGCAGCACAAUGCAACCCGGACGCUUCUCUCCCUGAGAGCAUCACCCGGCCCAACACGGAGAUGGGUGCCGCCACAGCUGAGGUGGAAACCGCCAUGGCUGCCGAAGGCGCCGAAGCAGGGGAACAGGAUGGGCAGCCAGGGGCAAUGCAGCUGCUGCAGCCAGGGAUGGCGCUGGCGUCAGGCAGCGGGCUGCAGCAGCCCAACACGGAGAUGGGUGCCACCACCGCUGAGGUGGACACUGCCAUGGCUGCCGAAGGCGCCGAAGCAGGGGAACAGGAUGGGCGGCUGGGGGCAAUGCAGCUGCUGCAGCCAGGGAUGGCGCUGGCGUCAGGCAGCGGGCUGCAGCAGUUUCCUAAAAUCUCAGGUCCGGAAAGUGUCCAGGGUUCAUCAAGGACCGAAUUUCUUCAGCAUUCCAAUCUAAGCUUGGAUGAGGAGCGUGCUAUUCGUAUAGCCAAACAAAAGGAAUUCCUUGCAAAGCUAGGACUUCAAGCCAUUGUUGACAAUAUCCGGUCGCCUCGCUCGCCUAUCAGACGACAGAGUACCCACUCAGCUCCAUUUGAGACUCGCAGAUCCACUAGGCUUACUGUCUUAUCAUCAAAGCUUAGCAAGCAACAAGUGAAGAUGCCGACCCAUGCUGCAGAAGCGGCUGUCGUCGAGGACACUGCUGCAGUGGUGGUGAAUCACGAUCCUGAGAUGCAUCUUAAAAUUUUCUCAGACCAACACAAAACUUGGGCGGAGAUGCACAACCUGGACUUGAAGGCCGACGAGGGCCAGCUCCUUGCGGCCAUCCUCCAGUGGCCUGAGCAGUAUAAACUCUACUGUGGGAGUGAGGGCUCCUUUCAUCACUCCUUUGCAGUAUGUGGAAUUCUGGUGGCGAAUGGCAUGUAUGCCCCAGACUUUAACAACCCCAAGCUGCAGGCUAUCAACCACUUCACUGAGGACAUGAAGUCUGCCCUGCUGUCUGGGGGGCUGAAGCAGUUUGAGCUUGCACUCCUUCUUGCGGGUCUGAAUGCACUCUGCCAGGGAGACGUGGGAGCACAGGGUCAGCAGGUCCGGAAGCGUGCAAAGUCUGCUGCAAGCAAUGACUGCAGCAAGAGGACAAAACGUACCGCACAGGAGAUGGCGGGCUUGCUUGAGAAAGAGUUUCACUCGGACAUCAUGUCUGCAUCCAACUUCAAGGACAUCCCGGAGGUGAAGGUUCGGAUUGCAGAACUUAUUAAUAAAUUUGGCGGAACUGAAGGUGCCACCACCAUGGUAGGCAUUAAGGCCAAGGCAAACACAACCGAGGAGGAUGUUGCUGAAGAAUUGAUGAAGUCACUCCGCCACAAAUGGAAGAACCUCCGCAACAUGGCUAAGAAGACACAGAAAGAGAAGGGUGAUGAGCCAACCCCUGCCCAGCAGGGUGCCCAGGCAUCGGUUUCCAUUGAGGACACCAUUGAGAUCCUGGUCAUUGGCAAGAUGAAGGGGCUGCACCACCGUGCAAAAUUUACCCUGCCUGAGCCUACCAAGACACUCGCCAUCAAGGACUCUACCCCUUGA